AUGUCACUUUAUCUAUUUGGACUUAUUCAUAUCUUCCUUUCUAUUGAUAUCUACAAGCAUUCAUUCCUUUUUUUCAUUCAGGCUUUUUUUUUUCAUUUUUUUCUUUCAGGUUUCUUUUCUUUUCCUUUAGACUUUCUUUUCUUUUUUCUUCAAGCAUUAGUUCCUUUUUUUUUCCUACAGUCUUCCCUUCCUUUUUCUUUCAAGCUUUAUUCUCUUUUUCCUUCUGCUUUUCUUUUCUUUUUUUCCAUCAGUCUUUCUUCUCUUUCUUCUUCGGGCAUUCUUUCUUUUUUUUUCCUUCAAUCUUUCUGUCCUUUUUUUCCUUUCAGGCUUCAUUUUCCUUUUUCUUCAGGUAUUCAUUCCUUUCACUUUCAGGCUUUCUUUUAUUUUUAUUCAGGCAUUCAUUCCUUUUUUUGCUUACAUCUUUCCUCCCUAUUUUCUUUCAGACAUUCUUUUCUUUUUUUCUUCAUGAAUUCAUCACUUUUUCCUUCAGGCUUUCAUUUCUUUUUUCAUUCAGACUUUCUUUCCUUUUAUCCUUCACGCUUUCUUUUCUUUUUUUCUCCAGGCCUUCAUUCCUUUUUCUUUCAGCCUUUCUUUUUUUUCUUCAGGUAUUUUUUUUUCAUUCUGGCUUUCUUUUCUUUUUAUCCUUCAAGUUUUCUUUUCUUUUUCCUUCAGGUUUUUUUUUCUUUUUUUUCUUCAGGCAUUCGUUCUUUUUUGCCUUCAGUCUUUCUUUCCUUUUUGCUUUUAGGCUUUCUUUUCUUUUCAGGCAUCUUUCUUUUUUUUCUUCAGGCAUUUGUUCUUUUUUUCCUUCAGGUUUUCUUUCCUUUUUUCAUUUUUCUCUCUCUUUUCUGUUAUCUUUCUCUUUACUCUCUAUCUGCUCCUAUAUGUCUCUUCCUUCUCUCUAUAUCUUUCUUUCCUCUGAUAAUCUUUCUCUUUACUCUCUAUCUGUACCUAUAUAUCUCUUUCUUCUCUCUAUAUCUAUGUAUCUUUCUUCACUUUGUCUAUCUGCCCAUGUCUUUUCACUGUCUGAGCUUGUCUUUUCUCUUUUUCUUUCUUUCUUUGCUGUUCCUCCCUUUUCAUCUGUGUCUAUGUGUUUCUCUCCCCACUGUGUGUGUCUGUCGGUUCAUUUAUUGCUCUUCUACCUGUAUCUCUCUGUUUCUUCUAUCUGUCUAUAUUGCCUUUUUAUUCUCUCCUUGUAUAUCUUACUGCCUUUCUCUUUCUUUCUUUCCGCAUCUGUUUUUUUCUCUUCACUUUCUGUGUCAGUUUCUCUCUAUUUGUGUUUGUCUGUAUAAUUAUUUCUCUCUCUCUCUAUCUCUCUUUGUGUGCCUAUCUGUCUCUUUCUCUUGUAUCUGUCUUCAUCUAUCUGCCUCUCUUUUCUCUCUUUAUCUCUCUGACUCCUUUCUUUCUGUACAUGUCUGUCUGUUUGUCUGCCCCGUCUCUUUCUCUCCAUUGCAGUCUGCCUCACUCUUCUCUAUGUCUAAAUCUAUGUUUCUCUCUUUGUUUGCAUGUUUCCCACCUUUCUCUUUCUGUAUGGUUCUCUCUAUCUGUUUGUAUAUGUAUCUCCUUUCUCUUUAUUUGUGUCUUUCUUUCUCUUUCUCUUUCUCUUUCUCUGUAUGUAUCUAUCUGUCUCUCUCUUUUUUCUGUCUACAUUUAUCUGUUUCUCUCUUUUCUCUUUAUCUAUUUGUCUGUCCCUCACUAUCUGUAUCUGUUUCUUUCUUCUCUCUGUCUGUUUGUAUCUGUUUGUCUCUUAUCUUUAUUGUCUGUCUCUCUUUCCAUUUCCAAUAUCUAUCAAUUUCAUUUUUCUUUGUCUGUCUGUCUAUCUGUUUCUCUCUUCUGUCUGUAUUUGUCUUUCCCUUCUCUUUAUUUGUAUCUGCUUCUCUCUUCUCUCAGUAUAUGUCUAGCUUCUCUUUGUCUACAUCUAUCUGUUUUUUUACCUUUCUCUUUGUCUUUCUGUCUCUCACCUCUCUCUAUCUCUAUGUUUCUCUCUAUGUUUGCAACUGUCUUUCCUUUCUCUUUAUUUGUAUGAGUCUCUCUUUUCUCUCUAUAUGUGUCUGCUUAUCUCUCUCUACUCACUGCUUACAUCUAUCCGUUUCUCUCUUUUCUCUCUGUUUGUAUCUGUCUCUCCCUUGUCCUUAUUGGUGUCUGUUGGUCUCUCUCUCUUUCUACUUCCUAAAUCUUUCAUUUUCUCUCCUUUCUCUUUGUCUGCCUGUCUCUCUCUCUUUGCUCUCUGUAUCUGUUUCUCUCUUCUAUCUGUAUUUAUCUUUCCCUUCUCUUUAUUUGUGUCUUUCUCUCUUUUCUCUCUGUAUGUAUCCAUCUGUCUCUCACCUCUCACUAUCUGCACCUGUUUCUCUCUGUCCAUUUGUAUUUGUCUCUCCCUUGUCUUUAUUGGUCUCCCUCUCACUCUUUUUAUUUCCUCUUCCUGAACCUAUCAGUUUCUUUCCUUUCUCUUAG